GCUACUUAUAGUAUAUAAGAUUCUAAGGUCCAUAGGUAAGCCAAAGGUUGUUCGUUAUAUUGGCUAACAAGGGGAGGUAUAGAUUGAGCUGCUUGCUGCCACCUUUUGCAAUGCUUACACUUGUUGGUACACGCGAACAAUUUGUUCAACCAAAGACGUGCCUCCGUGCUACAAUGCAACUCAAGGCUCCAACAAGGCCAAAACUUUCCUCAUGCUUUGUGCCACAAAGAGAUUGCAAUCAGUCUUGUGCUUUAAUACCUGGCUUGCCAGAAGACCUGGCAAAGAUAUGCCUUGCCCUUGUUCCUCGAAGUCACUUCCCUGUCAUGGGUGGAGUGUCCAAGAGAUGGAUGUCAUUCCUAGAGAACAAAGAAUUAGUUACUGUAAGGAAAGAGGUUGGAAAGCUUGAGGAGUAUGUGUACGUUUUGACUGCUGAUUCUGGAGCAAAGGGGUCUCAUUGGGAGGUUUUGGAGGGCCAGGGGCAAAAGAACACCCCUCUUCCACCUAUGCCUGGACCAACCAAAGCUGGGUUUGGUGUAAUUGUCCUUGAUGGGAAGCUCAUUGUUGUUGCUGGCUAUGAUGCUGACCAUGGGAAGGAAUGUGUCUCUGAUGAGGUUUACAAAUAUGAUCCUUUCCUCAACAGGUGGACUGCCCUUUCUAAGAUGAAUGUGGCUCGUUGCGACUUUGCCUGUGCAGAGGUUGAUGGUGUGAUAUAUGUUGCUGGUGGAUUUGGUCCCAGUGGUGACAGUUUAUCUAGCGUAGAAGUUUAUGAUCCAGAACAAAAUAAAUGGAUGUUGAUCGAGGGCCUUCGCAGGCCAAGAUGGGGUUGCUUUGGGUGUAGCUUUGAAGGGAAGAUGUACGUCAUGGGUGGUCGUUCGAGUUUCACAAUUGGCAACUCCCGUUCCAUUGACGUGUACAAUACAAAUAACCAAGCCUGGGGUGAGGUCAAGAACGGCUGUGUAAUGGUCACCGCUCAUGCUGUUCUUGGUGAGAAGCUAUUCUGCAUUGAAUGGAAGAAUCAGAGGUCACUGGCGAUUUUCAACCCAGCAGAUAAUUCCUGGCAGAAGGUCCCAGUGCCGCUUACUGGUAGUUCAAGCACAAGAUUUUCUCUUGGCAUACACAAGGGUAAGUUGCUGUUGUUCUCAAUGGAGGAAGAACCCGGAUAUCAGACACUGAUGUAUGAUCCUGCUGCACCAACGGGAUCUGAAUGGUGCACGUCUAAGCUCAAGCCAUCGGGAUUAUGCCUGUGCAGUGUGACCAUCAAAGCCUGAUGCCAUGGGCUUGUGGUGCCUGAAGGAUGAUACAGUAUGUUACUGCCUGCCGCAUCUUUUCGCGAUCAAGAUCAGGCUGGUUUUUGCGUUGUCUCCUACAUGCUAGAAUUUAUAUUCGGUUGGUCUCCCCAAUAAUAGGAUGCUCAUGUUUCAGUUCAUUCGAUUGCUGAAAGUGAAGCUUCUCCCAAUGUAUUCUGUUUUCCUUGUACUAAACUAUUUAAUCAUAGAACCUUCAGUUCAGAUUGUUUUA